UUCAUAUAAAGGAGCUGAGGUUCUGCAGUGCUUCUUUCACUUUUGUCCCCAUUUGAUGUUCCUUUAUUCUGUGUUUGGAUGUCUAGAAAGUGAUUGGAAAGAAAAUAGGAGGGAAAAUAUGAAUACAAAUAAUAAUGAGACAAAAAUGGAAAAGUAAAUUCUCAUUUGGGUGAGAAGAAUGAAAAUGAGAGGGGGAGGAGAGAGAGAGAGAGAGAGGAGCAAGAAAUGGAGGUUGUCUAUGGAGAGGGAGAGAGGAAAAGGAGUUUCCAUAUGGACUGUGUGUUAAGAAAGGUAGGACUAAUUUUCUCGGUUUCUCUUCAUUUUCUUCCCAUUUUGGAUAGCAGAAGAAGUUCGUAUUGGUGAACCCCAAAAUGUUAGAGGAAGCUGCACGUUCUGAAAUGAGAUAUGGACACAAAAGAGCAGGAAAAGGUGGUUCAAAACAUGCAUCUAAGAAUGAGGAUGAAAUUUUAAAUCAGAUCCUGGGCUAUGAGCAGAAGGAAUCAGUUUCAUCAGGCAGACUUUCUCAUGAUCAACAGACACAUGUUGCUUCAUCUUCACAUAGUCAAGAAGCCUCCACUAAGGAUGGGGUAGGAGGUCAACAUCCAGAUCAUCACCCAAGUCAAGUGUUGAAUGAGAUGGGAUCCACUACUCCUGAAGAAUUACGGCAGCAAGCUAUGGAUGAAAAGAAGAAGCAUCGAACUUUAAAAGCAGAAGGAAAAUCUGAAGAAGCCCUCAGAGCCUUUAAAAGGGGGAAAGAGCUUGAGAGACAGGCUGCAGCUUUGGAGGUGCAGCUUAGGAAAAAUCGUAAAAGGGCUUUGUCUUCCAGCAACGUCUCAGACAUCCAUAGAGAUACUGAUGAAUCCAUUGGAUCUAGUAGGAGAAGUAAGUCCUCUCAAACAAGUGAAAAAAAGGAUGAUCUUGCCGCUGAACUAAGAGAGUUGGGAUGGUCCGAUAUGGAUCUCCAUGAAGCUGACAAAAAGCCAGCAACAGUGACUCUGGAGGGUGAGCUCUCUGCGCUUCUUGGAGAAGUAUCUCAAAAACCAAAUGCGGGAAAGAGAACCCAAACCUCUGAUAAGUCCCAAGUUAUUGCUCACAAGAAGAAGGCUCUAGAAUUCAAGCGUGAAGGGAAACUUGCUGAGGCCAAAGAGGAACUAAAGAAAGCUAAAAUACUUGAAAAGCAAAUUGAGGAACAGGAAUUGCUGAUGGAUUCUGAAGAUUCUGAUGAUGAAAUGUCUUCUUUGAUCCGUAGCUUAGGUGCAGAUACAAAAGAAGAGCUGUCAAUGGGAGUGAAUUUAGACUCUAGCUUUGAUUUUGAUGACAUUUUUUCUGUUGCCGAUAAUCUUGGUGCUGAUCUCGAAGUGACUGAGGAUGACUUGGAUGAUCCAGAAAUGGCUGCUGCUUUAAAAUCGAUGGGUUGGGGUGAAGAUGGCCCUGAGUCUGUGACUUCAGAUGUUCAUUUUGUCCCUAUUGAUAGGGAAGCAAAACUGAUGGAAGUUCAAACCUUGAAAAAAGAAGCUCUAAAUCAGAAAAGGGUUGGUAAUACUGCAAAGGCAAUGGAACUGUUAAAGAAGGCAAAGAUGAUUGAGAAAGAACUUGACAGCUCUCUUUCCCAACAAGCUGACAUGAUGGCACACAGUUUUGAGAUGGUUCCGAAUGCCCAGACCCUACCUGUGGAAGAGCCUCUGAAAAUAAACGAGAACAGAAAUGUUCAUGAACCUAAAACAGCACCAAAAAAUAAAUUGAUGAUCCAGAAAGAGCUUCUCAGUUUGAAGAAGAAAGCUCUUGCUUUAAGAAGGGAAGGUAGGGUAGAUGAAGCAGAAGAAGAACUGAGAAAAGGUAAGGUUCUUGAGAAGCAGCUUGAAGAAUUUGAUAGUGCUCCCAAAGCUGUGCAGCCACCUGUUAGGAAUAUGGGUAAUGAUUACAUUACAGACACUGAUAUUGGGGAUAAUGAGGAUGUAACAGAUCUUGACAUGCAGGAUCCGAACUAUCUUUCAGUUCUAAAGAAUUUGGGUUGGCAGGAUGAAGAUAGUGAAAAUGUGACCUCUACAUCUCAGGUAAAAAUCAAUGCAUCUGCUAGUGAUGAUUUUUCAGUUCCGAAGGCUAUAGCUAAAGUCCCACUUGGGGAUUCUAGAAAAAGUAAAGGUGACAUCCAGAAGGAACUUCUGAGUUUAAAAAGAAAGGCUCUUGCCUUGAGACGUCAAGGAGAAACUGAGGAGGCCGAGGAAGUGCUGGAAACAGCAAAGAAAUUAGAGGCACAGCUUGCUGAAAUUGAAUCUUCGACUCUUAAUGUAGUAAAUGCUGAACCUAACAUGCAUAAAGAGCCAAAUAUUAUUGAUUCUCCCCUCAAGAAUUUGAGUUUUAAUGCUCCAUUAGAUUCAAAAAGUGACUCCAUUGAGGAUUUGGGAAGCAAGAGCAAGGAUAUUCCCGAGAAACGAGAAGACAAGGUUAAUGCAGAUAAGAAGCCAUCCAAUGAUAUACAGCAAACCACUCCCCAAAGUGACUUGAAUUUGCUUCAUCAAGAGAUCCUUGCUCAUAAGAAGAAGGCAGUUGCCUUGAAGAGAGAGGGGAAAUUGACAGAAGCUAAGGAGGAACUUCGACAGGCAAAAGCUUUGGAGAAGCGCCUGGAGGAGGAAAAAUCUCUAACUUCUGGUUCUGCUGAUGUUUCUGGUCUUGAUACUUCACCUUCCAAUCCCAAAGAUAUAAGUCCUACCCCUGUGUCAAAACCUUUAUCUGAGCGUGAGGAAAAAUCUCUUACUUCUGGUCCUGAUACUUCACCUUCCAAGCCCAAAAAUACAAGUCCUACCCCUGGGCCAAAACCUUUAUCUGGACGUGAGCGCUUUAAAUUACAGCAACAGUCUCUUAACCACAAAAGGCAGGCACUUAAGCUGCGAAGGGAAGGCCGAUCAGAAGAAGCUGAUGCUGAAUUUGAAAAAGCUAAGGCCAUUGAAGCCCAACUGGAGGAAUUGACCACAGGGUCUUCUGGUCAUGGAGCUGAACCAACAGACGGGGUCAGUGUUGAGGAUUUUCUUGAUCCUCAGCUUUUGUCCGCCUUGGCAGCCAUUGGAAUUUCAGAUACUGCUGUUGGAUCCCAAGGGCCUGAAAAUUUGGAGGCACAAAGUUCGGUGGCUAGCAAGGUGGACACUGGUGGACCCCAAGGCCAUCAAAGAUCAGAGUCAACACAAUCUGCCACUGGUAUGGUCAACAACACUGCCGAAGAGAAGAUGCAGUUGGAAGAGAAGAUUAAGGCCGAGAAAUUAAAGGCAUUAAACUUGAAACGUUCUGGAAAUCAGGCUGACGCCCUAGCUGCCCUUCGUCAGGCCAAAGUCUUUCAAAAGAAGUUGGAUUCUUUAAAUUCUCAACAGUAAUGUUGUAACCAAGUGUUUCCUCUAGACCCAGGAUAUUUCCACUGCAAGAAGGAAUAUCAAGUGUUACGGAGUAUUUAUUCCUUUUCUAUUUUUUGUAUAGGCUCAGCUCAAUGACAUUACAUUGGAGCGACUUCAGAAGACUGAGUUCAUUGAGUUUUACAGCUUUAAAGAACAUAUAUGAUAUUCUUCCAACCUAUUUUCUUUGGGAUGACUGAACUUUGAUCUCUUUACCCAGUGAUGCUUUCAUGAAAAA